AUGGAUGACAUGUUACCGCCGCCGAUGACCCCCUCCGAGCGAGGGGGUUACCGGCGGACCAACGGAGGCAACAAUGCUUUUCACAACUUUUACAACGACUAUUCGCACAUAUCAGACCCCGCCCUACGGAGGCGGCUGGCUUUGAGCGAGAUUGACAAAGUUCCUUUUGGCUUAUACCAUGUGAGAGCGAUUUUGGUAGCAGGUGUUGGAUUCUUCCUCGACUCGUACGAUAUUUUUGCAAUCAACCUCAUUAUCACCCUCCUGGGUGUUGUUUUCUGGCAAGGGCCUCCGGAUCAAAUUCAGCAUGGCUACGGCGGUAACCACGGAGAGUUACCGGGCUCCGUCAACUCCGCUCUUAAGGCUUCGACUAGUGCUGGAAUAAUCAUCGGCCAGCUUGUAUUUGGCUGGCUUGCGGAUGUCUUCGGCAGGAGGAGGAUGUACGGGGUGGAGCUUGGCAUCAUUAUCUUGGCGACGCUGAGCGCUGCACUUGUCUCGCCAAGUCAGUCCGUUGGGUUCACAGGGCUAAUGAUCUUUUGGAGAAUUAUCAUGGGCAUUGGAAUUGGCGGCGACUAUCCGCUCAGCUCGGUCAUCACCUCAGAAUUUGCGCCAACCCGCUGGAGAGGAGCCAUGAUUGCUGCAGUUUUCAGCAUGCAAGGUUUGGGGCAACUUGGUGCCUCAGUUGUCGCCCUCAUUACGGCAGAAGCCUUUAAAGAAUCUUACCUCGACGUCACCACGAUCGCCAGCUGCCAUGAACGUUGUCAACUUGCUGCCGACCGUUCAUGGCGUAUCAUUGUCGGAGUCGGUGCCCUACCAGCCUGUCUUGCCUUGUACUACCGCGUCACCAUUCCCGAGACGCCCCGUUAUACCUUUGAUGUGGAGCAGGAUGUCGAGAAGGCUGACGCCGACAUCAAGGCGUACAUGGCUAGCAAAUCGAAAGGCGAAGUCGACCCAGAACUACAAUUCAGGAUGAAGAAACAGGCUGGACCCGCAUAUAACACCCCGAGUGCCUCGUGGCGCGAUACGUUUGCGUUCUUCGCCCAGUGGAAGAACUUCAAGACCUUGAUGGGCACUGCCUUGUCCUGGUUCUUCCUUGAUCUGGCAUUCUAUGGCCUAGGAUUAAACAACACCUCUGUGCUCCAAGCCAUUGGCUACGGCGACGGAGCCAAUUUCUACGAGAAGCUACACAAUCAAGCAGUCGGCAUGAUCAUUUUGUCAUCUGCUGGAGCCAUCCCUGGGUACUGGGCCAGUGUAUUCGCCAUCGACACCAUGGGUCGCAAGCCCCUGCAGAUGUUGGGGUUCUUCGUUCUGACCGUCUUGUUUUGCAUCUUGGGCUUCAUGCUUCAUCAGCUUCCGCACCCAAUCUUCCUCACGCUUUACAUUAUUGGACAAUUCUUCUUCAACUUCGGCCCGAACACGACAACCUUCAUCGUUCCGGGAGAGUGCUUCCCGACACGCUAUCGAUCUACGGGCCAUGGUAUCUCAGCAGCGAUGGGCAAAGUCGGCGCUAUUCUUGCACAAAUUAUUAGUAUCCCGUUGUUGUCGAAGGAUACGCCUGCCGACUGUCACGGCAAUGCCUGCUCGCCAUGGCUUGACCGUCUUCUCGAGCUGUUCGCUUUGUUCAUGUUCUUGGGCAUGCUCGCCACCCUCCUGAUUCCCGAGACGAAAGGAAUGACGCUCGAAGAAUUGGCCGGCGAGACCCCAACCUCUUACGAUCGCGGUCGCAACGGCAGUAUAUCACACUACCCGCGCUACAGCGGCAGAUGGAACCCUUUCGCUGGCGGCCACCCUGCUGGUUUCCAUUACCCCCGUAUGAGCAACAUUCGGGCUGUCCGCGUCGGCAUCAUGACGUCUCCGGACCUUCUAGCCGAAGAAGAACGCAGGAGGAGAAAUCAAACCAGGUUCUGGCGGAAGAGGAGGAAGGACAGGGGUGCAAAUAAUAGCACCGGUAGCUCGGACGAGUACGCCAUGACUUUCCGAAAUAGCGGCGUAUCUUCUUCCUACGGUCCCUCCACGGCCAACGCAGACGAAAUACCACCUGAACAGGUCCCAACUUGGGGCGCUGGGUGGGGCAGAAUCGAUCGCGGUGCGCAGCCCAUGGAGAACGUGAAGCUGCACGAUGCCGGAAACCUCUUGCGCCGAGAUUCGAGAGCAUGA